GGAAUGGAGGUCUUUCUAGGAAGUUCUGGUCCUAGUUCUUUGUUUGAUUCCAGGAUGGAGGGAGCCUGCGGGUGGGAAUAUGGAGGGAGGCCGGAUGCCAUAGAUACUCAGUGCAAGGAAUGUGGCUUAGAGAUAUGCGUCCACAGCAAACAACUAACUAGCCUGCUUUUGCUCUGGCAAAGGCAUUGCUAAGAACAAGUGUGACAUGCAUGCAGAGGAAAGAAUUAAAAUAAAGAAGCCAACAAAAAGACACAAAACAAAAACGUGGAAAGGUAUCUUCUCAGUAUGUGAUAGUAAAAAAACAAAACAAAACAAAACAAAAACAAAACAAAACAAACAAACAAAAAAAAAAAAAACCCAAGAGGGCAUUAACUAUAAUUACCUCGGCUAGCUCCUAAAAGUUGUGCUUUCAUGUUCAGCGCCUCUGCCUUGUAGAGUCAGAAGGGAGUCGCCUGAAACAAGUCAGACAAUUUACCAAACAUUUCCUUUUUAAACGUGGGAGAUCAGUUUUGACGCUGUGUUAGAACCCGAACAGUUGCCAACAGAACUUCCGCCUGUCAUUUCUUCCAGAACAAACAGCUUGGGCUUUCACAGUCACUGGGAUUUCCUAGGUAACGGGAGUGUAAACUUGAGAAAAGGCAGGACCAGCAUAAGAGUGACAGCGAGCUCAGCCAAUCAGACCAUGAGUCUGCUGCAGCAUUUCCAGGCCAUCCAAUUAGCACUGAAAGCUUUGAAGGGCAGGGACACCUUAGGAAGACAGGUAAGAGGGAGGAGACACAGGGCCGGCCAUAGGAGGAUACUAGAGUUCACAGGUGCAGAAGUCUGUGUCCAUAGUUUCAGCUUGAAGCAACCUGUGGCUACAGAUUAGAUUUCAGAUGGCAGGGACAGCACGCCAUGACCGUGAGAUGGCAAUCCAAUCCAAGAAGAAGCUCUCCACAGCUACUGAUCCUAUUGAAAGACUGAGGUUACAGUGCCUGGCCAGGGGCUCCGCAGGCAUCAAAGGACUUGGCAGAGUGUUUCGGAUUAUGGAUGACAACAACAACCGAACCCUUGAUUUCAAAGAGUUUUUGAAAGGGUUAAAUGAUUAUGCUGUGGUCAUGGAGAAAGAAGAGGCAGAAGAACUUUUCCGGAGAUUUGACAGAGAUGGAAAUGGGACGAUAGACUUCAAUGAGUUCCUUCUCACAUUAAGACCCCCAAUGUCCAGAGCCAGAAAAGAGGUAAUUAUGAAAGCUUUUAGGAAGUUAGACAAAACUGGAGAUGGCGUCAUAACCAUUGAAGACCUUCGCGAAGUUUAUAAUGCUAAACACCAUCCGAAAUACCAAAAUGGGGAAUGGACAGAGGAGCAAGUCUUCCGGAAAUUUCUGGACAACUUUGAUUCACCGUAUGACAAAGAUGGGCUGGUGACCCCUGAGGAGUUCAUGAACUACUAUGCAGGUGUGAGUGCAUCCAUUGACACUGAUGUGUACUUCAUCAUCAUGAUGACAACUGCCUGGAAGCUCUGAAUGCCUGACCCAUGGAGACAGCCACGUAACUCCAAAUGAUCAAACCUCAACCCCCAAACUCAGAAUGAUAUUUUAUUUCAUGUUCAUUGCACAGCUUCUUCUUUGCCAACACAGUAUAUUUUCUAGGGCUGACAUAAGAGCAGAAAUAAAGUCACUAAGUAAUUAACUGUGGACUUGACUCCUCUGACACUGUUUCCUUAUCUCUAAAAUAAGAAUUACUGAAGUUACAACUCUAAAUUUUCUAACACUGUGGCUGUGUCAUGCAGGUAUUCAAUCAACUUGGAAUGUCGCUCUUGGUCAUCAGUGAAAUUUUGAAUACUGUAACUAUGACCUUGUUUGUCCAGAAAGCCAAUAUAUUUUCACCUUUAAGCUAUGUGUAAGAAUCCCUCUAUUUGUAUAGUGGUAAAAUCUUAAGGGGUUUAGUCUCGAUUUUGGGACCAGAAAGAUUAUACUAGACUCAUAAUUUCUGCAAGUGAAUCUGGAGUUUUACUCCUCAGAUCUAUGGAAGCCUCCUUUUGGCAAACAGAGUGAACAUGAAGAUUGGAUUGUUGUUUUCUAUUGGUUUUAAAAAUACUGAUGUAAGAGUGGAGGCCAUUUUGUUGAAUGGUAGACCUAUGCUCUAGUCCUCCCUGUGGCUGGACUUGUGAGCUUGUGCUGGACCCUACUAUUUUAUGUGGAGCAGCUUCACUGUGGUAACUAGCAAACUUUCUUUUGGUACAGUGUUUAUCUAAUUCUUCCCUAUUGUCAGCCAACCAUGAAGACAAUUCUGUUUACACAAAGAGGAUGGGCAUGACCCAGACUAAAAUCAUAGAACAUUCCAAAACAGAUUCUUCAUGAUACUUGAUGCUGUAUGAUUCAAAUCCUCCUUCCAGCACUCAUCACUGCUUGUAUACUAUUGACAUGAGAGAAUCAACCCAUGAGGGACUAAUAGAUAUAAAGGAAGCCUCAGAAAUGAGAGAAAAGGAGCCUGAAGCUGCAGCUCCUACUCUUCAUGAUCUGUGCUUGGGGGCCACAGAAAACAUAGUGAGUAAAUUCUGGUUGAAGUGCUGAGAUGAAUUCCUAGUGGCUUUUGUUGCUCAGAAGUCUUUUCUACAAACCCCAUCUCUGGCUGUCUCUGUGCAUUGGUUUAGGGACAUGAAUUUAGUUGAUGGUGUCUUCAAGAUCUUCUGGAUUUAGGUGGUUCAAUAAAGAGAGUCUGAAGAUACUUUGUAAUUUUAAAUUUUACUCCCAUUAUUUACCUUUUAUCUUACACACUUCUUUAAGUUGAGAUCAGGAUAGAUAUUAAUUUAAGACCUGUUAAAAUAGGUGUUACAGGAUGAGAAAUUAUAUCAGUUCUUUUAUCAGUGCAUCUUGCUUUGUUUCUUGUUGGGGAAGCUCAAUUUAUUUAUCUUAAUGGCUAACUGGAGAAGAGACUUUUUAUCUUGAGAUUGGGCGUGUCUUCAUAUCAUAGAAAGUCAGCUUUCUUCCCAUUAAUUAUACAAGCCAUGCUUUCCAUGGAUUUACUAACUAGUCUUCUGUAGAGGACGGCAGGGCAACCGAUACCAAAUGUAAUGAGAAAAUAUUUAGAAAUCACAUAGAAAGCACAAAUAUGUAGGAAAGUAUCAUUUUUAAGCAUGUGCCCUGCAAAGUGUAGUUAAGGAGAAGUCUGCUAUUUCCUAAGCAUGGUGGGUUUCAAGCUUACUGCUCUAGAUAGAUUUGUGUCGUUGAUUCUGGGUAUGACUCAUGUCUUGCUUAACGCAGGCUACAGAAUGAGCAUGUGAUUCUGAGCAGAGCCUGGGUUGCAGCUAUCAGCUCUGUCUCUUCCAGUGAUAUUUUGCUUCCUGUCUAAUGAGGGUACAGGGUACAAUGAUCUGAUUUCAGAUAACUGUUGUGAGAGAUCUGUACACUAUGUGAAGGUGUAUUGCAGUGGUUGGUGUAAUAAAAAGCUGAAGGGUUAAGAGCUAGGCGAGAGGAGUAUGCAGGUUUCCAGGGAGAGAGAGGAAGAAGAGGAGGGAUCUAGGUGCACAGGAGAUGCCAGGAGACCUGGACCUGGAGAGGAAACAGGAGGUACAAGACGGAAGAGAGGUAAUACCACAUGACAGAAUGUAUAUUAAUAUAAAUGGGUUACUUUAAGUUUAUAAGGGCUAGUUAGGAAUAAGCCUAAACUGUAGGCUGUGCUUUCAUAAUAAAUAAGUUUCCGAGUCAUAAUUUGGGAGCUGCCUGGCAAGACAGAAAAACACUCAUUACAGAUAACCCUUGUCUCACAGUGCAAAUUCAAUUGCCUCACUUUCAGAGCUUUAGGUGCUGGAUUCAGGAGCAAGAUUCCACCAAGGUCUUCUUACCUUAGAGAAAUAAGACCUCUUAAGAACCUAAUGUCUAAGGAACACUGUACUCUUAUUUUUUUUUAUCUAAUUUAUGACUUCAGAAUCUAAUUUUUAAGGAACACUAUACUCUUAUUUCUGAUCUCAUCUAUGAUUUCUUACACAUACAGUCAAAGAUGACUUAUUAAUUUACUCUUUCUAGUAGUUACGGAAGAAAGAGAAAAGAACCAUUUUAAAAUAUUUUCUAACAACUUACUGAACACUUUUCCAAUUUAUUUAACAUCUAGAUUUUAAGCACAGUUCCAUUUGCAAUAUGAAAAGUAACCACUUUGUUCUGAAUACAAGACACAAGAAAAACCGUCAAAGCAUUUCUAGGAAGCACUUUCCUACUGGACUUGGACCCCAUUCAGGAAAGAAGAAAGGAUAGAAUUAGCAUAUUUUAUGAAAUAAAACUAAUGCACAUAAGCAUUUCCAAAUUAGAAUCUUCAGACCAAGCCAGCCUUACUGAUACUGAGUUUACACUGUCUUUUUCAUGACAUAACCCUGUGUAAGAGCAGGAAGAGACUUAGCUACCAUGUCCUUGGAUUCCAUUCUCAGUGCAAAUGAGAAACAAGAUGUGCUGAGUUAUGUACAGACUGGAGUAGAAUUUCUGUCAGUCUGAAGGACUAGUUUUUCACUGCUGUCUUGCCCUUGGCGGGAUCUUCCAACCCCUGGGUAGCAGUUUAUUUGCUCUGUGUUAUUUAUAUGCACAAACACAGUUAUAUUUCAAACUUUAACAUCAGCAUUGAAGUCAAGAGUGCGUGCUCUCCACAGAGCCUGCCAACUGACUCAACAUGUAAAGUGACUUGCAGGUAAAAAUAUCUUAUUAAUAAUUAUUUAUUGAGCUCCAACCAUGAAGUGUGGAUGGAGCAGUGAAUUAGGUGCAACCAGUGGCUUUUAAACAAAGCUAACACCCAAUAGUUGUUAAUAGACUAGAGGGGGUAGAAAGAGAAUAAUACAACCCCAGCACUGAAGUUCCCCUCUCCAUCCCUCAUCCAGCCUUGCAAGCUAGACAGCAGGAACCCAUCAUAUGGCAUGGUGUAAGGGAAUUAUAACUCCUGAAAGUCUAUCAAGACAAUGCAAGCAUAAUUUCCUCCUAUUCUUGGAGGCAGAUAGUAACCCUAUCCCUUCAGUUGUCUUGGCCCAUAUAGAUUGCCUCAUUGGACCAUGAGAGUACAAGCAGGAAGUGACCCCACCAUCAUGAUUCUACCUACAGUUAAUCUGUUAUGCUGAUAGUUAAUCAAGGAAAGAGAUUAAAUUGUCCAAUAUAUUAUUAGGUGGUGUAUGGGUACUCUUCUACUUCUGUUUGAUAAAACUGUAUUAACAUUUUGUGACUCAUAUAUGCUCUAGAUUUAUGCAAAUCUCUUUUGAGUACAGAAUACAAAAUACACAGCUUCCAACUUUCCAAGUUGGCCAACAAGCUUGCUUUCCUGAAAAUUAUUAUUAUUAUUUUAAUUUAAAAAAAUCUGUUGGAUGAAGCAGAGAAAAGUUCAGUCAUAGAAAUGCUCAUGACUCAAAGGGAAAAAUCAAGAUGUUGAGGGGCUUUUAAAUGAAGACUUCUUGAACACAGCAACAAGGUUUUAAAUCUUAGAAAUGCUGUGACUCAAAGUAAAAACAAAUACUCUAAGGGUCUGACAUAUAAUUGAUCUGUUUGACAGACAAUUUUCUUGGCAUUGGUUUGACUCCUCCAAGUUACAUCUAUGAAAGCUGUGUACUCAGGUGAGAGCUGACUAAAUUCUUUGGUUCUAACAGAAUACCUCACCAAAUUAAGGCUUCAAAUGGCUUCUUCUAAAAUAGAUGACGGGUAGAAUCUGUUGAAAGAUAUAUAAGCAAAUGAUUGACAGGGCUUCUGAGAACGUGGUUGUGAGAAGCAUUCUUUCUGGCAGUCUGGGUUGAUGCGGUGAGAGACUGUGGUAAAACAGUCCUUCCUCUCUGAGAAUAGCACAGCCUUCUUGUUUAAUUCUCACACCUGGUUUGCCAAAGUUUUUCUUUCCCCUCAGAACAAAUGUAGUGGAAGUAAAAUACAGUGAGAUAUAAGCCAGACAAACAGUAGCUGAGUUUCUGAUAUGGAUUUCACAUCUAGCAGUAUAGUAAAGUGCACCACAGGAAGACCCCCUCAAAAUGUCCUGAUUUUUUUUUUUUUUUGCCACGUAUGUUGAAUUCUUCUCCUAAUUCUUCAUAAUAGAAUUCACUGACCUUAUAACGUGGCAUUCAGACACUAGUAUUGAUCUGGGAGCAUCUUACCCUAGAGCUUAGGAGGUUUCAGGGGCUGGUAUCUUGGAAACGCUCAGGCUGUGUGCAGAACUCAUGACAAUCAGCAGUCUGAGAGAGACUCAGAACAGAAUGGGGACUGAAGAUUGAGAGAAAAUGAUGGAUGGCAGAGUCGCUUGCUCCUGCCAGGGCUCUCUUGGAUCUUAAUGCUUCUUCACUGAUGGGAUAAAGUACUUCAGAAAUGUGGAGUAUUAUCCAGUGGCAGGACAUUCCCUUCGUUUCCAAGGGAACAGAGAAAUAAAGUACCAUUCCACAAGUUUCAUACUUAUUCAUGUCUCAAAUGUCAUUUAGCAAUAUCAUUCAAAAUCCAUUUACUUAAGAACAUCAUUGAAGCUGCAAAGUGCAUGUGGUAAAUCACUGAGAAUUUCAGCUCUACUAAUUGAAGUCAUUUAGAAAGUGUUUGAGUAGAAAUUUAGUUUUAUUUCAUCUAAACUUAAAACAAAAACAAAGCUAAGUAAACAUUAGUAAUGUAACAAUGCUUACAAGGGCUGUGUCUGACUAUAUCCAUAUGUUUAUGGGUAUCUAUUUGCAUAUAAUUAUAAUCAGUAUAUUAGUCAUGAAAAGGUCCCACAUAGCUUGUAAAGCUUUCUGAGGCCAUUAAUAAGUUGUUAUUUUAUCAUAAGACUGUAACUCAAGUUAUUUUCUAUACAGUGAGAUGUUCCUAUAUGUAAACCUUAUCUUGACAGCAUUUAAGUAGAAAUGGAAUAAACAUGUAUUUCAAAACAGCAUUAUGCUUGGUAAAUAAGAAUUUUGAUGCUAUUUAUACUGCAAAUGCUAAAUAUUUUAUUUAAAAUAGUGUGUGCUUCUAGUGGUAAGCUCCAUGCAUAUGAGGAUAUCAACUUGUCACAAUGGAAACAACUGGGAAAUCAUCUGUUGUAACCAGAAAUUGAGAUUUCUGUGAGCUACCAGUUUAGGCAUAACUUAAUUUAUAUAAAAAAAUUUUAUCAUUUGGGCACAUUUUCAGUAAUUUGCCUUUAACAAGUUCUGAUUUUUUUUAAUUAAACAUUGGAAACAGAACUGUUUCAGUAAAAGAGAAGUCUAACUGUUUCAGUAAAGUUUCAAACUAUUUUCAAAGUAUGUUUUCUCGCAUUGGCUAACAUGUUGCUUAUCCAGGCUCCUGGGUUGUGCUUCUGUUUUUUUUGAUAAAAAUGUAACAUUUUAUUGUAAUGAACUAUGUGGAACUUAACUGAAAUGUAUAAAGUCUGGGAUAGGGCAAGUGUUUAAUUUUGUGGCAACUUUGUUCUAGCUGUGUGUGUGAUAUUUGUAUUGAUGAUCUCAUUACAGUAAAGGUGUGCCUUUGUAUUAUUUAUAACAUUAUAAAUAUUAUUGGUUUAUAAAUCAUUUACAAACAU